AUUGGAGCGUUUCCGCCGUGCGUGCGUGCGUCCGAAAAAGGACAAUGCCCCGAGGACGCAUGAACGAAUGACAGAACCCAACACGUACAGGUGAUGAAACCUAUGGCCCGGAACAAGAAACAGACACUCGCCGUAAAUUAAGUUGCCCCGGCUUUGCUUUGCCCGCUCCGAAGCGCUACGUACAAAUACACAGCUGCGCUACAUAUGCAUUGCACUCCGCGAGAAAAUCCAAGCGCGGGCGAGGCUCAAAAAAAGGAAAGAAGAAGAAGAAGAUGGCCGCGGCAAGAUCUGUUUUCGCCGGCUCGACGGCGGCGAUGCCCGCGCUGCUCCUGGCGGCGGUUCUGCUGGCCGCGGCCAGAGUGACCUUCGUCGUCGGAGGCUCGGCGUGCGACGGGAAGGUCUGCGGCAUGGGCACCUGCAAGGAGGCGCCGGCGCUCGCGCCUCUGCUCCCGCCGCUGCCGCCGCUGCCCCCGCUGCCACCGUUCCUACCGCCUCUGCCGCCUCUGCCACCGCUGCCGCCGAUAACCACGCCCUUCGACUUCGAGUGCGACUGCUUCCCCGGCUGGUCUCGGGUCGGCGGCUUGUUCCCCGUUCUGGGCGCCCGUACGCCCUGCUACAUCCCCACCUGUCUCUCGGAUAUCCCCUGCUACACCCCUGCCAUUAAGGGGCCGCCAGUGGGGAACGUAACAGCUGACCCCUGCCUAGCAAUGGACUGUGGCUCGGAAGGCACGUGCGUGCUGGAUGACAGCCCGGACCAUUUCCACUGUCAGUGCAAUCCGGGCGCCGCCAAUGCGCUCAACAAGCCUGCCUUGCCUUGCAUUAAGGACUGUAUCAUCGGAGAGAACGGCUGCCCAAUCCCGAUGCCUCCGCCGCCGCCCCCGCCGCCGUCGGCGGCGCCACCUGGUAAUCACGACUCAUCUGGACCAAAUGCACCCCCCAGCACUAAAGGCAAUGCAACCUCACUAGGCUCUGUUUCGAUGCAGCUGUUACUGCUGCUGCUGCUGGCCUCGCUCGCCGCGCUUCACGCAGUGUGAUUACGGCGUGACAAUGCUCUGCGACACGUGCACGGAUCGAGAAGGAGCUAUACUGGCAGGACGGAGCUGCUGCUACGUAUGCUACAUGUAUAUUGUGUAACGUGUAUACUUAUGCAGUUGUUGCUUCCGACGUUCACAAAGAGACAGAUUGACAAAACACUUCGGUGCACAGAGUAAAGCUGGAAGUGUGGGGUGUACCUCCCACAAUUCGGAUUGUAUCAUUUUGUGGUGUUAGAUUGCCAAAAAGGCUGUAUUAUUGGUAACAAAAGCUAUUCCCAAAUUGUUUUUUAUUUCUUAAA